AUGUCUAUAACAGAAGAAAAAGAGGAGGAAGUAACGUUCUUGGUGCCGGUUCUUGAUAGAACGAUAACAAAACCAAAAUACGACCUGUCAGUGUGUCUUGCACCAAUGUAUGGUAAUGAGAGCAAAUGGUUGAUGUUGACAGAAGUAAUUGAACAUUAUAAGUUGCAAGGUGUUCAGCAUUUGUAUGUAUAUGUCAAGGAUAUUGACGAUUAUUCUCAUUUAGUUCUAGAUGACUACGAAAAAAGUGGCGAAAUUGAGGUGGUGUAUUUAGAAGAGAACAAGACAGACUUGAUUCGGAAUGGCAUGUUGUUGGGGUGCAGGCGACGCUUGUGCUCAAUGAAACAAGAUGAACAUGCGAAGAGAACACAAGUGAAUCCCCAUCAGCUUGGCCCACCCGACAAAAAGUGCAGGCAUAUAAUGAUGACUUUCAUCGGAGAACUUACGUUAAAGCAGCAUCUACCCACUCUUGUUUUUCACAACACAUCAGCGAUUGCUCCAGCCAACCAUAUUGCUAAAUGUGUUAUAGAUCCUGCACGUGGUGCUUAUGUCGAUUCAUUACGUAAAGGUUUACUUUCCUGGGUACAAAGGUGUUCGCGUACCACCAGAAAAAGCCCAUAUACGGCACUAUCGUGCUCUCAACGACAAUUUUGGAAAACCAUGGAUACCGAGUAUUUUGAAGAGAUUGAAGAUAGCCGAAAAGUUUGGCAACUUUACAACGACCAAUUAUCCUGA